AUGCCUACUGCCGUGGUCCUGUGUUUUUCACCUGUGGGUUUUACUUUGAGAAACAGAGCAAGAAAGUUUCCAGCCCUGGUGAACUGUACAGCCAUAGACUGGUUCCACUCCUGGCCCCCUGUUGCUCUGCAAUCAGUCAGUAGUAGCUUCACCAAUAAGCUGGAAGGAGUUGAUCCUCAAGUAAAAAAUUCCAUUAGCCAGUUCAUAACAUUUGCACAUACAAGUGUAAAUGAAGUCAGCGUCAAGUAUCAGCAGAAUGAAAAGCAUUACAACUACACGACUCCAAAGAGCUUCCUGGAACUUAUUAAAUUGUACUGGAAUCUUCUGGGAAAGAAAAGAGGAGAGCUGCUGCAGAAGAUAGAGAGACUGGAGAAUGGAUUACAGAAAUUGCAAACAACAGCUUUUCAGGUGGAAGAUCUGAAGUCCAAACUUGCCGUACAGGAAGUAGAACUUCAUCAGAGGAACAGAGAUACAGAAGCACUUAUCGACAAGAUUGGCCAGCAGACAGAAAAACUAAAUCAGGAGAAAUGUGUGGCAGAUGCAGAGGAACAAAAGGUGGCUGCUCUUCAAACUGAGAUAACCAAGCAGCAGCAAGAAUCUGCAGAUGACCUAGCCAAAGCAGAACCGGCUCUACAGGCAGCCAAUGCAGCUCUGAACACUCUAAAUCGGUUAAAUCUUACAGAGCUGAGAACAUUUCCAAAUCCACCAGCCCCUGUCACCAAUGUGGCUGCUGCCGUUCUUGUGCUUUUAUCUCCUAAUGGCAAAAUACCCAAAGACAGAAGUUGGAAAACUGCAAAAGUAUUAAUGAGCAAGGUGGAUGAAUUCCUACAGAAUUUGGUCAGUUUUGACAAAGAACAUAUACCCGAUGUAACAGUCAAGGCUCUAAAAGAUGAUUACCUGAGGGAUCCUGAGUUUAACCCAGAGUUUGUGCGUACAAAAUCCUCUGCAGCUGCAGGUCUGUGUGCAUGGGUUAUCAAUAUCAUUAAGUUCCACGAGGUGUACUGUGAAGUAGAUAACAAGCGUGAGUCGCUGUCUCAAGCAAACACAGACUUGGUCUAUGCAGCUGAGAAAUUGGAAAUCAUCAGAAAAAAGCUUGAGGAGCUAGACACCAACCUGGCCGCCUUAACAGCUGCCUUCGAAAGAGCUACCGCAGAGAAAAUCCGCUGUCAAGAGGAAGUGAACAGAACUAACAAGACCAUUGAGCUGGCCAACAGAUUAGUGAAAGGUCUGGAGUCAGAGAAUGUACGAUGGGCUCAGUCUGUAGCCUUGUAUCGCAAGCAAGAACAAACUCUGUGUGGGGAUGUCCUGCUCACAGCUGCCUUCGUCUCUUAUGCUGGCUCCUUCUCCAAAAAGUAUCGCCAUGAGCUUGUGGAGCAUUUGUGGAUGCCAUUUUUAAGAUCUCAGAAGUUUUCAGUUCCAAUGACGGAAGGACUUGACCCAAUAUGUAUGCUGGCAGAUGAUGCAACAAUUGCAAAAUGGAACAAUGAAGGACUGCCUAGUGAUACUAUGUCUAUUCAAAAUGGCACAAUACUAUCAAACUGUGAGCGGUGGCCUUUGAUGAUAGACCCCCAGCUACAAGGGAUUAAAUGGAUUAAAAGCAGAUACGGGUCCAGGUUAAAAGUCAUUCACUUAGGACAGAAGGGGUAUGUUGAUGUCAUUGAACAAGCAGUUGUGGCAGGAGACUCUGUUUUGAUUGAAAAUUUGGAAGAAACGAUUGACCCAGUGCUUGAUCCCCUGCUUGGUAGACACAUGCUUAAAAGAGGAAGGUACAUCCGAAUUGGGGAUAAGGAGAUCAAGUUUCACCCAAAAUUUCGACUAAUUCUUCACACUAAGCUUGCCAAUCCACACUACAAGCCUGAAAUCCAAGCACAGACCACAUUAAUCAAUUUCACUGUAACGCGGGAUGGUUUGGAAGAUCAGCUACUAGCUGAUGUUGUUAAUUUGGAGAGACCCGACCUAGAGGAUUUCAAGUCUGAGCUCACAAAGCAACAGAAUUAUUUCAAAAUUGAGUUGAAAAUGCUUGAGGAUGAAUUACUGACACGCCUAUCGGCAGCAGAAAGUAAUUUCCUAGGGGACACACUCCUGGUGGAAAAACUGGAAACGACCAAACACACAGCAGCCGAAAUAGAAAUGAAGGUACUAGAAGCCAAAGUCAAUGAAGUGAAGAUCAAUGAAGCUCGGGAACAUUAUCGUCCUGUGGCUUCAAGAGCCUCUCUCCUCUACUUCAUUAUGAAUGACUUGAAGAAAAUCAGCCCCAUGUACCAAUUCUCUCUUAAGGCUUUUAAUAUCGUGUUUCACAAGGCUGUGCAGCAAGCAGAACCAUCUGAUGAUGUCCGAUUGAGAGUGAAUAACCUCAUUGACUGCGUGACAUAUUCCACAUUCAUAUACAUCAGCAGAGGACUGUUUGAAAGGGAUAAAAUAACCUUCACAGCCCAGCUGGCUUUCCAGCUUUUGAUAAUGAAUAAAGAAAUCUCGGCUCAAGAACUUGACUUUUUACUGCGCUUUAACAUUGACCACAUCUAUAAUAGUCCACUGGACUUCCUUUCAAAUUCAGCAUGGAGCGCCAUUAAGACAAUGAGCUUCAUGGAUGAAUUCCGAAGUCUAGACAGAGACAUUGAAGGAUCACCAAAGCGAUGGAAAAGAGUAAUUGAAUCAGAAUGCCCAGAGAGGGAACGACUGCCACAAGAAUGGAAAAACAAAUGUUCCCUACAAAAAAUGAUAUUAAUGCGUGCACUGAGACCGGACCGAAUGACUUACGCCAUCAGAAACUUUGUUGAAGAGAAACUUGGAGCCAAAUAUGUAGAGCGGCGCAAGACAGAGUUUGCCAAAUCCUUUCAGGAGAGUGGUCCAGCUUUUCCCAUUGUUUUCAUACUAUCUCCUGGAGUUGAUCCCUUGAAGGAUGUAGAGACACUUGGUGACAGACUUGGAUUCACCAUUGACUCAGGAAAACUUCACAAUAUUUCCUUGGGUCAAGGGCAGGAAGUUAUAGCAGAAAUAGCGAUGGAAAAGGCAUCAAAAGAAGGCCACUGGGUUAUACUUCAAAAUAUUCACCUGGUAGCUAAAUGGUUAAGCGUGUUGGAAAAAUUACUGGAAAAGUACAGUAAUGAAAGCCACCCCGAUUACCGUGUUUUUAUGAGUGCGGAGCCGGCCACAACACUGAAAGAGCACAUCAUCCCACAAGGUAUCUGGAAAAAUGCAAUCAAAAUUACCAAUGAACCCCCAACUGGCAAGCUGGCUAAUUUGCAUGCUGCACUAGACAAUUUUGAUCAGAACAUCCUUGACCAGUGCACGCGAGAGCAAGAGUUUAAAAGCAUUUUCUUUUCCUUGUGCUAUUUUCAUGCCUGUGUGGCUGAGCGGCGCAAAUUUGGUCCCCAGGGGUGGAAUAGAAAAUAUCCUUUUAACAUCGGAGACCUCACAAUAUCUGUGAAUGUUCUCUACAACUAUCUGGAAGCAAACUCACAGGUGCCCUGGGAAGACCUCCGCUACUUGUUUGGGGAGAUAAUGUACGGCGGUCACAUCACUGAUGACUGGGACAGACGACUGUGCCGUACAUACUUAGAGGAGUACAUGCAGCCCAAUCAGUUUGAUAGGAAGCUUGCCUUGGCCCCUGGAUUUGUGAUACCCUCUAACCUUGAUUAUGAAGGCUACCAUAGAUACAUUGAUGAGAUGUUGCCACCUGAGAGCCCCAUCCAUUACGGCCUCCACCCCAAUGCAGAGAUUGAAUUCUUAACUGUGACUUCAGACAAUCUUUUCCGCACCUUGUUAGAAUUGCAGUCACGAGAUUCUAUGAGCAGGGAAGGAGCGCCUCAGACAGAGGAGGAAAAGGUUAAAACGUUUUUGGAUGAUAUUCUAGAUAAACUUCCUGAGGCAUACAACAUACCUGAUAUAACCUCCAAGACGACAGAACGCUCCCCAUAUAUCCUUGUCUGCUUCCAGGAGUGUGAGAGGAUGAACCUUCUACUUUAUGAGAUCAGACGUUCUCUAAAGGAACUUGAUCUUGGUCUUAAGGGUGAACUGGCAAUCUCUUCCGAAAUGGAGCAACUACAGUCAGCUCUGUUUUUCGAUACUGUUCCUGAAACGUGGAUGAAGCUGGCUUACCCAUCAACCUACAAUUUGGCUCAGUGGUAUAGCGAUCUGCUUUUGCGUUGCCGGGAACUUGACUCCUGGACUCAAGAUCUCUGUCUCCCAAGUGUUGUCUGGAUAUCAGGCUUCUUCAACCCCCAGUCCUUCCUCACAGCUGUCAUGCAAAGUUUAGCUCGGAAAAAUGAAUGGCCCCUGGAUAAGAUGCAUCUUACGGUGGAUGUAAUGAAGAAAUACAAGGAGGAAUUCUCCCAGCCUGCUAGAGAAGGAGCGUACAUACAUGGACUGUACUUGGAAGGUGCACACUGGGAUAUUCAAGGAGGGCACAUUGCUGAGGCUCGUCUAAAGGCUCCCAAUCCGAUCAUGCCAGUCAUCUUUGUUCGAGCAAUUCCAAACGACAGACAGGACACAAGAAACAUGUAUGAAUGCCCAGUUUACAAGACAAAGAUAAGAAGCUCAACUUAUGUAUGGUCUUUUCAUCUGAAGACCAAAGAAAGACCUUCUAAAUGGAUUCUUGCUGGGGUAGCUUUGCUGUUAAGUGUAUGAAAUAAAGUUUAAAGGUUGAAUCCAA